UCAACAGGGUAUCCAAAUCAUUGUUAGAUAGGUAAAACCCUUCUAGUUGACAACGAUAUCUUUAAUCUACACCAGAAAACCUUAUGUCACCUUUUCAGUUUGUGAUGAACAAAAAACUACAAUUGAAUAACCUUAUAGAGAGGUCCAAAAGAUUACACAGUUGAUAUAUAUUAUGCACCUUUAACAUGUAUAUAUAAUCCAAAAUAAUGCUAAAAAUGAAUCUGCAUACAGUAUUUAUUAUUAUGAAGGUCAUAUAUCUCUCACAUUUAAUAAAAAUGCAAUGUACACUCGAUCUCACUACCUUUCGGUUCUUUGAAUGUUUUCUUUUUAAACCAGAAAAAAAAAAGAAAUAUAGAAAAAUACGAAAAUUACAGAAACAAAUUUUAACCAAGCAAAAUAACCGAAUCGACACUGAUCCGUUUUCUUCAAGUCGCUGUUGACUUGACUACAAGAGACUCUUCUCUAAAUCACACGCUUCAUUAUUCUUUUCACAUUCUCUAUUAGUUACAAACUGGUAUAAACCCUAGAAACCAUUCCUUUUUUAAAACCACUUUCCCUUAUUUUUCCAAAAACAUAAUCUCUUUCUCUCUAACCUCAAACGACAAAAACUUAUGGGACUUUCCGGCAAGACCCACCACCAGUUCAACGUCGAACAUCACGAAACUUCCGAGGAAUGGGCCAUUCCUGGAAUCUCCUUACGUAAGCCGAUGAAGCCGAUUAGCCUCCCCUCAACUACCGUAGCCGACACGGAGGGUGACGUUCAUCAAGAUCAGUGGCCGACGACUCCAACGGCGCCUUCCUUUAGAAUACCGACGGUUUUCCCGUGUCCUCCGCCGCCAAAGAAACGAAAAGCAUCGUCGAAGUUUGGCUACAGCGGCGCUAGAGAAUUCUUCUCUCCACCGGAUCUCGAGACCGUCUUCAUACAUAAAGCUACAGCCCCUUGAUUCUAAUGAUAAUUAUUUCGUCUCUCUAACCUAUUUAGGUUUAUAAAUCUUAAAUUUAUAAAAUCAGUUUCUUCAUUAGUUUAGCUCGUUACUCUUUAGAGCUUUCUUCGUUAAUUAAUUUCGAUUUAUACAAGGAAAAUAAUGUUAGGAGUUAGGACAGUACUAGGUAAGGUUUGAAACUCUAUGUUCUUGUUUAAUUUUGUUUUUCAGUAAAACUGAUGGUUAUAUAAUUUGUGUCCUUUUACCUUUUCUGCCGUUACAUAUGUAAAACUCCUUUGAUUGUUACAAUAUAAAAACCUGAUGGUUAUAUAAUUGCAAUAUAAAUCAGUACGAUCAGGGCCGGCUCAGAUGUAUUGUGGACCCUAGGGCGAGAUUUAAAAUAUGCCCUUUAGUUAUUCAUUGGUCCAAAUUAAAUCACUCAAUUUUCAUUAUUUAUUUUUAUAUGUGUAUAAAACCCAAAUCCACAAGAAAAUUAUAAAAAUGAUGUACUAUCGUCUACCGCAAUGGUCCAUAAAGCCCAAUAUGUUGAACAUAAAUUUGAUGUUUUUCCUUUGACAU